GGGCGGUAGUCGGGGGUGGUGGGAGAAGGAGGAGGCGGCGGCAGCGGCGAAUUACUUAUAAAUGGCGCCGAAGCAGGACCCGAAGCCUAAAUUCCAGGAGGGUGAGAGAGUGCUGUGCUUCCAUGGGCCUCUUCUUUAUGAAGCAAAGUGUGUAAAGGUUGCCAUAAAGGAUAAACAAGUGAAAUACUUUAUACAUUACAGUGGUUGGAAUAAAAAAAGUGCUGUGAGGCCCAGGCGCUCUGAAAAAACUUUGAAGACACGUGAGGAUAUUGUAGCACUUUUUCCUGUUCCUGAAGGAGCUCCCUCAGUACACCACCCCCUCCUGACCUCUAGUUGGGAUGAAUGGGUUCCAGAAAGCAGAGUACUCAAAUAUGUGGACACCAAUUUGCAGAAACAACGAGAACUUCAAAAAGCCAAUCAGGAGCAGUAUGCAGAGGGGAAGAUGAGAGGGGCUGCCCCCGGAAAGAAGACUUCUGGUCUGCAACAGAAAAAUGUUGAAGUGAAAACAAAAAAGAACAAACAGAAAAGCCCCCAAAUUUUUACAGCACCUGGAAAUGGAGAUGGUGGCAGUACAAGUGAGACACCUCAGCCUCCUCGCAAGAAAAGGGCCCGCGUAGAUCCUACUGUUGAAAAUGAGGAAACAUUCAUGAACAGAGUUGAAGUUAAAGUAAAGAUUCCUGAAGAACUAAAACCAUGGCUUGUUGAUGACUGGGACUUAAUUACCCGGCAAAAACAGCUCUUUUAUCUUCCUGCCAAGAAGAAUGUGGAUUCCAUUCUAGAGGAUUAUGCAAAUUACAAGAAAUCUCGAGGAAACACAGAUAAUAAGGAGUAUGCUGUUAAUGAAGUUGUGGCAGGGAUCAAGGAAUACUUCAAUGUAAUGUUGGGCACUCAGCUGCUCUACAAAUUUGAGAGACCACAGUAUGCUGAAAUCCUCGCAGAUCACCCAGAUGCGCCCAUGUCCCAGGUGUAUGGAGCGCCACAUCUACUGAGAUUAUUUGUACGUAUUGGAGCAAUGUUGGCCUAUACACCUCUGGAUGAGAAGAGCCUUGCUUUAUUACUGAAUUAUCUUCAUGAUUUCCUAAAAUACCUGGCAAAGAACUCUGCAACUUUGUUUAGUGCCAGCGAUUAUGAAGUGGCUCCUCCUGAGUACCAUCGGAAAGCUGUGUGAGGCGCUUAUACUCACUCUUGUUUGGAUCUCUGUAAACACAUUUUUGUUUCUUAGUCCUUCUCUUGUACAAAUGAUGUACUUUGGAAAUGUUAGUGUAUAACAGAAGUGAUGUUUGUUUUCUGUUUGAUUUUAAACAGAAAAUAAAAGGGGUUACAGCUCCUUUUUUCUUUUUUUUUUUUUUUUUUUUUUUUUUUCAUUUCAAAGUUGCUACCAGUGUAUUCAAUGAUGGACAACAGAGAGACGUACUGUAGAGUGUUUUAUUGCUUAGUUGACAAAGCUGCUUUUGAAUGCUGGUGGUUCUAUUCCUUUGACACUACGCACUUUUAUAAUAUGUGUUAAUGCUAUAUGACAAAAUGCUCUGAUUCCUAGUGCCAAAGGUUCAAUUCCGUGUGUAUAACUGAACACACUCGUCCAUUUGUGCUCCCCCCUUUUUUUUAUGGUGCUUACAGUAAAGAGCCCAUCCUUUGCAAGUCAUCCAUGUUGUUCCUUAGGCAUUUUAUCUUUGCUCAGAUUGUCAAAGAAUGGUGGCUUGUUUCAUGGUUUUUGUAUUUGUGUCUAAUGCACGUUUUAACAUGAUAGACGCAAUGCAUUGUGUAGCUACAGUUUUCUGGAAAAGUCAAUCUUUUAGAAAUUGUUUUUCAGAUCUUCAAUAAAUUUUUUCUUUAAAUUUCAAG